GGCUCCGGCUGUGCCGGAAGUUGCUGCUCAGCGAACAGGCCGGCUUCUGCCUUGGAGGCGGCUGCCUGGCCAAGAAGAGAGAGUUGGGGGCGCCGCUGCUUUUCCGGCCCCUCACGCCAGGCUAGGCCCCGGCUUUCCCUCCGCCGCUGGGAAAGAUGCUGCCUUUGUCCAUCAAGGACGACGAGUACAAGCCUCCGAAGCUCCAUUUGCUGCGAAAGAUCUCGGGAUGGUUCAGGUCGAUCCUCUCGGACAAGACGUCGCGCAACCUCUUCUUUUUCCUCUGCCUCAACCUCUCCUUCGCCUUCGUGGAGCUGCUGUACGGCAUCUGGAGCAACAGUCUAGGUUUAAUAUCAGAUUCAUUUCACAUGUUUUUUGACUGUACUGCUCUGUUAGCUGGACUUGCAGCUUCAGUCAUUUCAAAAUGGAGAUCAAAUGAUGCUUUUUCCUAUGGGUACGUUCGAGCAGAAGUAUUAGCUGGUUUUGUAAAUGGUCUAUUUUUGAUCUUCACAGCUUUCUUCAUUUUCUCUGAAGGGGUUGAGAGAGCACUUGAACCUCCUGAUGUGCAUCAUGAAAGACUCCUUCCUGUUUCUAUACUUGGCUUCCUUGUAAACCUGAUAGGAAUCUUUGUGUUUCAACAUGGCGGACAUGGCCAUUCUCAUGGUUCUGAACAUGAACACAGCCAUUCGCUGUUUAAUGGGGCUCUUAGCCAUGGCCAUGGAGGACACGGCCACAGUCAUGAUUCCAAGCAUGGGCAUGGGCAUGGGCAUUCCCACGGCCAUGGGCAUUCUCAAGAUUAUUGUCACGGUGAUCACCCCAUUGAGAUGGCUGCAGGAUCCAGCAAACAGAUUUUAGAAGGUGUAUUUUUACACAUUCUUGCUGACACGCUUGGAAGUAUUGGUGUAAUCAUAUCUGCAAUACUGAUGCAGAACUACGGUUUGAUGAUUGCUGACCCAAUCUGUUCAAUGCUUAUAGCUCUGCUUAUAGGAGUCAGUGUUGUUCCACUUCUGCGAGAAUCCAUUGGAAUUUUGAUGCAGCGAACGCCUCCAUCUCUGGAAAGUGCUUUGCCUCAGUGCUAUCAACGGGUUCAGCAAUUGCAAGGAGUUUACAAUUUGCAUGAUCCUCAUUUCUGGACCCUUUGUACUGAUGUUUACAUAGGGACUUUGAAACUGUUUGUAGCUCCAGAUGCUGAUGUAAAGUGGAUAUUAAGCCAAACUCACAACAUUUUCACUCAGGCUGGAGUGAGGCAGCUGUAUGUACAGAUUGACUUUGCCACUAUGUAGCGAACCUCUUCAUCUCCUACUUGGACCAAAGCUUUCUAGUACUGUCAUUUAAAGACUUCGUUCUUCUUUUGGAACUGAAACUCCUUGACUCAGUUGCCCAGCAAAUUCUCUUGCUGCCUGAUUAGCAGAAGAGAAAAUGAAAGGGGCCUCAUCUUGAAUUACCUGGGAUUGACUUUCAGGAGCCCCAAACCUUUGUGGAUUCCUUGCCAAGUUUGUUCCUACCUACAGCAGACUUAAAAAUACAGAUGUGGUAUUGCAAUCAUUGACUAUGCUUUCUGUAAAGCUGCUGUAGAGAUAUCUCAUUCCCACAGAGCCGGUAUUAUUGCAGAGAGGGGGGAUUAAACGGAAAUUACUUUAGGGUGUAAUGUCACAGUGGUUGACAUUCUACAGCAUAACUGUUUAUAAGACUGUUUGUACUUUGCAAACUUAAUGAGCCAAACCAUAUUGGGUUUUCAGAGUGCCUUUAUAUCAAAGUAUCUGUCAGCACAGAUAGGAAACAUUGGGGAUUUUUAUUAAUUUUUAUGGCUGUGACUUGUACCAGUAAGGUUUUUGCUUGCAAUUUGUGUGAUGUAAAUGUGUAAUUGAACAGAGGGAAGAUGGCUUCCCUCUUAAUGUUACAAUUUUUAAGUUUCUGGGGAGGUGACUCUUCAGUUUUCAAAUACAAAGGUAAAAUGAACACAUAAAAUUUGUUUGCAGAAUGUUUGAUUACCAUGAAGUAAGUCUUGGCUGCUAGUUCUGCAGCACCCUGGCAGUAAUUGGGUGUUUCUACAUGUAGCCACUGUGCAAAAGGAUGGCUUGCCAGAAUGUGUUAUCUCCCUCUGAUCCGAUGUCUUCUAAUUGUUGUUUUUCAUACGUGGACAAGUCUUGCAGUAAAGAAUUAGGUUUUUUAAUUUAACUUUUAUGAAAUGCUCAAAAGGAGGAUGCUUUUAUGGAUUUGCCUCCUCCUGCAUUACCACUUCCUAUCUGGAGCCUUUAUGUUGGAUACAUUUAUUUUGAUUGAAGGGGUUUUUUAUGCCAGUCAACAGUCAAUACAUGAUUUUGCUUCAUACCCUGUAUGUUUACUUAACAAAUUAUUUAAUCCACUUAUGAAUGUUAAGUCAGGAUAUUCUUCUGGCAAUCUCACCAUUAUCUGCAUUGUCAUAGGUUUACACAUUCACAUUUUAACUGAAUAUAAUGAGUUUUCCUAAAUCAUACCCCAUAUUUGAACUUCGACUUUUUCCAUCAGAUUCUUAAAGGACCUAUAAAUCUUUCAGCAGCAUUUUCUGGCACUUAAUUAUUUAGUGAACUGUUCUGCAAACAUUGACUCUGUGCCGCUGUUCUCCAUCAUAACUGAAGUUCUUUUAAACUUCACAGGAACACUCUGGGUAAUAUGUCUUCUGUGUGUAUCCCAUGGUGCUAGUGUGAUAUUUAAAGGUUUUCUUUGGACAGAAUAACAAAGAUGCCACAUAUGAAUUUUGCUGUUUCUAAUGCUGGAACUAAAGUUGGUCAGAAGCUAGUCUCCAUUUUAGGUUAAUAAACAAAGCUCUGAUUAAUUGUUUGUCAAAUCAAUAGAAAUCGCUCAACCUUUUCAAAAGGCAAUUGGAAGAAAAGUGUAUAAUGCAAGCAAGAUGAGCUUGCCUAGAAAUAUGAAGGUUACCAUUAACUCAUGGUCAGAAAUUGUUUUCUUAACACAAACAAUUAUUUUUGUUGCUUGCAUGAAAUUGUGAUAGGCAUUAGAAAUACAUAAAAUGGAUCUGAAUUUUAUAUGGAAAAGACUGUAGCAUGGAUUUUCUGUUUUUAUGGGAAUAACUUCCCUUUAUUAUUUUUUAAUCCACUUUUCUUAGAUAACCUAUUACUGGCUGUUUAAUUUCUAAACCCUGCUUUGUUUUGCUCACUGUUAACAUAGAAAUAUGAGUAUUUUUAUGCAACCUGUAAUUUAAACCCUAAUAUAAGUUUUGAUUCAUUAUUUUUGUACAGUAACAUAUUCGGCCUCAUUCCUUUCCACAAGACACAACUGAAACUGCUUUGCAUAUUACUGUUUUCUUAUGGUGAUUCCCGUCAUAUGUGAAAGACAACAGGAGUAGAUCCCUGGAGAUGAGAGCGGAAAAAGUGCUGUUUUCGCCUGGUGCAGAAAUAUUUCCCCCCCCACAUGGAGAUAAUUAUUUUGCUCCGUGUAGAUUAAUGUGAAGUCCCAUUGCCUCGGAUAUCUUUCAGUAAGAGUUUGCUGAAAUAGGUUGUUAACUUGCUGUUAAAUAGUUAAUUUGUAGUCACUUCUUCAAAAAAGAAAAUAAGCCUCAUCCACUGAAUUGGGCAUCUCUCUGAAUUUUGCUUCUGUUUAUGACAUGACUGUUUCUGUGGCUUUUGUUGGCAUGUUCUAAAUCCUUGGGUGUGCCUAAAUAAGAGAGGCUGGAAACUGCUUAACCUUUUUAGGGAGGUUAAUAUGCUCUUUUGUUUUGUUUCUGCAGGAUGUAGUCCUCUUUAUUGUCGCUGACUUCUCUCAGCCAAAUGUCAAAUAGUAAAGCAUGUUGAAUUAUACUUGGCCAAACAUGUGGCACUGAAACUUGCUUUUAUCUAACUCUGGCAAAAUAACUUACAUUGAAUGUGUUGCCUUUGCACAAUAUAAUGCAGUGGAGGGCUCACUCAGUAAACAAAUGUGCAUUUUUGCCUGUAAUCACAAGACAAGGUAUUUAAUUUAGGAAAUGAGGUUCACUAUAGAACAAGUUUACUGUCAGCCAAGCUCCAAAUAGAUAAUAUGAAAGAAAAAGUGUUCUUUAUACUUUUAGGUUCAAAGUAUUAGGCUUAGUCGUAGGAUCUGUUUAAUUCUUGAGUGAAAGUAGGCUGCCCAACAUAGCUGAGGGCUUAGGGCAUCAUUUUCUACAGAUGGAACCAGCAACCUGAGUAACAUUUUUCUUUUUCAGUGCUUUUUCAUUUCUAAAAAUGAACACUUGUAAUCACAUUCAGAUAUUCAGAGACUUGACUAGUAGACAAAACACUGUGGUAUAACUGUGGUCAAAGUUUUAGAAGAAAGGUAAGAGAUGCUAACUGCACUUUAUCAAAUGAUUAGUGUUGGCAUAUGAAGAAAUCAAGACUGGCAGUUGAAUUAUCAAUAGCUGGUUAUUCCAGGAUAGGGGUACUAAAACCAGUGAAAUUAAUUAUGUUUUCCAAGGGAAAACUGCAGUACUUCAUUUUUUUUCUUUCAAAUAUGGUUGGUAUGAUUUAGAUGAAACCCAGGGUUGUUACAUGCCUUGUCCAAUUUAGAAAAUAUCCUCUCAUUAGUUUUGUUCUACAUUUCCUAAAUCAUGAUUCUGCUUCUAUUUUGCUGCAGAAAGUGCUUCAAUAUGCAUUUUUCUCAGAUUCCUGCAUUCUUUCCCCCCUUCCAUUUUAACUGCUGCUGCUUCCCACUUUGACCUGAUCUAUCUUUUUACAACUGUUUUUUUACCAUAAAAGAGUUGUGUCCCAUUAAUGCUUAUUUUUACUGUGGAGCUCUGUGACUAAGCUUUAGCAGAGAUGGAAUUUUGUUUUUAUUGCCUCAUUGUCUUGGGCAGGGGAAGGGAAGGAAAAUCAGUUUCAAUAUAAUGAAAUACUUAAGAGAGCAUUGUUUGCAUAUUUCAUUUACUGAGGCAUGGUUGGUAUGGUAUCAGUUCCCCAAAAUUUUAUGCAGGGGUCAGCAGUCUUUCCAGGCAGUGGACACUACUGUGCAACCUGUAGCUGGCAAAUAAACUUCUAAUAGGCCAAAAUCUAACAUGAGAACACUGAUCUAAUGAGGUUUCAGCCAUCUACUUUUAAUUUUUGAGAUCAGUAACCACUAUAGUGGUGGUGUGUCUUGUUGCCAAGCCCUGAUUUAAAUUAUAGAUUGUAUUUAUGCCCUAGCCAUGCAUUUUCUUGCAUAAGAAAAUGGCUGAAACGCUUAUUUCUGAAAACGUAUUUUCAGAUAAAAUGGAUUUUUGCUGUCAACCAGUCUUUUAUUCAGUUUCUAAAGGCCGGGUGUUCUGUACAGUUGAAGGAGUUUCCUGUACUGGUAAAUUCAAAGAGGUGGCUGAAGAUAAUAUACUGAAAAUAACUUGAAAACAUAGCUAGUGGCCAGUCUGACCUGCCAUCAGUGCAAUAUUGAACAUUUUAUUGCUUUUUUUCCUAUUUUAAUACAGUCUUUAUUGAAACAGCAAAAACGUUUGGCACAAUAUUUGGGAUCAGUUUUUCCUAUCAAUAAAACUCUUUUUUUCUAAACCUCAAA